AGAAGAAAUAGAAUGACGUCAUUGAAUCUGUUUCCUCUUGGUUUGCAAAUAAUUACUCGUUAGAUAUUUUUUCUGGACUUUUGGCUAUUAUGGAAGAAUAUUUUAAUUAGUAUAUUAACGAAUUAACUACCGUCCUUUAUAAAUCGGCCGAUUGGCAAAUAUAUUUAGAGCAAGAAGAGUCUUUUUGAAUAAAUAUUAUUUACGAAUUUUCGUGCGAGACCUAUAAACCGUGCGUAACUAUGCUUCGACAACAUAAAUUGUGUAAAGUGAUAUCUACCUGCUACUCUGGUGAUUUUGUAGAAGAGAGAAAAGUAAUUAGGGAUUCGGUCAUGAAUAAAUUUCGAAAUUGGUGCGAAUCUAAAGGGGUAAAAGUUCAUUAUUCCGAAAUUGUUUGGGGAAGUAAGAAAAACCCUACAAAUUCCGCUAGGCCUAUAGGUAAAAUUGAUCACUCAAUAAGUUUAUCGGAUCUAUGCGAAUUGGAAAGUAUACAAAGGAACGACGAGUUCGCCAUCUUUCUAAAUAUAUCAUCGUCUACACUUGGAUGGUUACCAAUACGAAAUACAGAACCAAAUAGAAGAUGUAGAAAUAAUACAUUAAGAGAUAGUUUCUGCCUGUCCGAAAGAGAUUUAAACGCCUUAUCAUCAACGUACGGAUCUGAGUCAACUCAAACAGAGAAUUCGAAUAUUACCAGAGGUGAACGAUCUUUCUUCCCUGAGGAUAAUUUAGUUAGCGAAGGUUGUAAAAUAUCUUAUUGUCCGGGAACAUAUGUUAUUCCUUAUUCCUAUGAAGAUGUUAAUUACGACGUUGAAAGAGAUGAUAUACACGUUGAACUAUCUCCACAAUUCUCAGAGCAGGUAUUCAGAACAAUUAGAAAGGUUGCCGAAGGAAAUUUAAAUCAAUUAGGCCGAUGCUAUAGCCAAUUUUCUUCAAUGAACAAAGAAAUGCAGAAUUAUGUUAGUUUAAAAUUGUCGGCUGACCUUGUUGGAGAAGCGAUUGAUAUUAAUUCCUUUAAAAAGAUUUGGAGUUACUUAACUGAAAAUAAAGAAUCUCAGAAAUCACCUUUCCUACUUCACGGCGAUGAGAAAUCGGGAAAAAGUACACUUUUGUUAAAUAUACUUAAAAAAUUACGUAAUACUUUGGUGGAAGAUUGUGAAAUUCUAUCACCAUGGAAAGAGUCAGAUCUUUUCGUGCAUUUCAUUGAUGGUUUAUCCAUCCCAACUUCAACUUGUUUAAAAACUUUCCUUUUAAGAAUGAUAGAACAGUUAGAUCUAUUGGAGGCGGGAACUGUCCUACCAAAAGAUGUUGCUAGUCUUUCUUACGUCUGCUAUAAAGCCUUUUAUAAGUAUUCAUCAAAAUCGCGUAUUGUUAUUGUUGAUGGUCUUGAUAAGUUUGAAAAGAACGUUUCAACUAGAUUAGUUAGUUGGUUACCGAAGAAACUACCAAACAACGUUCGCAUAAUUGUAUCUUGCUCCACGAAUAGUCCUCAAUUUAAGACUCUAUUGGAAAGAGACGAGAAUAUAGAACAAAGCCAAGUUGAUAAACUUACAGAUAUUGCCCAACAAAAGCUGGCUAUACAAUUAAUGCUAAAACGCAAUUGGAGAUUGCUACCUCAACAAACUGACGAAUUAAUUGUAACAAACCAAAAAGCUAAUCCAACUUGGUUAGAUAUUGCUUGUAAACUAUUGGCCGAUGUUGAAAGCCGGAAGGAGCAAUAUACUCUAAUAGAAAAUUUACCAUACGAUUUAGAAGGGGUCUUGGAGAUGUUGAUUGAAAGUUUAGAGGAUACUUACGGUGGCAUGCUGGUACAAACAAUCUUAUGUCUGUUAAAGAUAUCCUUUUCGGGAUUAAGUGAAAAAGAAUUAAAUGGUUUGGUAAAAGCUUCCACUAAUUAUCGUUUACCAAGCCUUUACGAAGAGAAAGGAGAUAAAGAAGAAUCGGAAAAGAACGAAAAGGAAACUCCAGCUGAAAAUACUUUUAAAAAUGUCGAUUUAAAGAAUAUAGAUUUGGUUUUAGCGGCUUUAAGGCCAUUUAUUAGUUUGUCAAAGCAUUCUUUCCACUUUUUAGAGAGUCCCUGUUUAAAACGGGUUGUACAAAGAAGAUAUUUAAAAUUGGGUAGCGACGCUGAUAGCUACGAAGAAAGUGAAUUAAUGCAUCAAUUUUGGCAUUCUGUGCUAGCUGAUUACUUCUUAACGACACCUCUACAUCGUAAAAUAGAAGAGUAUAUUCCACAUCUUAUUAAAUUAAAAGACAAAGCGCACUUGGCCGAAGUUCUAUCCGAUUGGGAUGUAUUCGAUAUGUCCAGUGUUGAUACUCAUUCAGAUUUCGUUCGCUAUUGGAGAGAGUUGGGAAGUUCAGCGGAUUUAGUAUCCGUUUAUCUUGAUCGUUUACCCAAAUUAUCCGAAUUUGGUAUAACUGAGGAGAACGACUUGAAUUUAUCUAGGCGCAUUAAAUUAUCUAGACUAUUUCUUAGUAGAGGAGCUUACGAUGAAGCUUUGGAGUUAGCUGCAGAGUCGUUGCAUUUAGAGGCGACAAAGUAUGGUGCUAGAAGUGAAUUUAUGGCGGAAUUAAAUUCUGUAAUGACGGAUAUCAAAGACGAAAAUUUAAAGCUCAACGAUUUCCUUCAACCGUCUCAAAUUACAAUGCUCAAGGAAACUGUUCAAUAUACGAAUGCAGCAAUAAAAUAUUUAUCAUCUCUAAACGGAGAAGAUCAUAUCCUUCAUUUGGCUGUAAUGCUUAUGAAAUUAGCAUUUGAUAUGGAAUCUUGGGAAGGAUGUGGCGGAGAUGAUACAAUUAAUCCAGCGACAGCUUCAAAAAUAGGCAAAGAGUUAUUGGAAGUUGCAACAGCAGUAUUCAUUAAAUUGAAUAAUAUCAACUACCUAGCCGAAGCUUAUAUGACAAAAGGAGUACUUGCAGAUAAAACAACAUCAGACCAGCUAUGUUACUACGACGAAGCUUUACAUUUAACUAAACAGUUCUUAGGAGAACAACACCCGUUAAAUGCUAGAUUACAUACAAAUAUGGCUAUCAUCUUUGAAGAUAAUAAUAAUUUCGUCAGAGCAUAUAAAUUCUUCUUGGAAUGGGCUAAAAUAUCUGAACAAGUUUAUGGUCCUUCCCAUCCAAAAGCUCAAAGAGCUUUUAAAGUACUUCGUGAGAAGAGGUAUCAGCAAGUAGCAAAACUGCUUGAACAACAGCAGCAAGAUAACCAACGCCAAAUAACUGAUGAAUAUAUAAAUAAUAAUGUUAGACUUAUCGAUGAUCUCGGUGAAGACACUGAUGAAACUGAUGAACUUCAUAAUAGACUGCAAACUCUUAUGAAUGUUUUAUCGCAGUUUCGUUACUGUCCAUCUGAUUCGCAAAAUCCACCUGCUUCCUUAGAAAGUAUGAGAAAUCGAUUAAUGUCCAUACACGAAGAUAUUGAAAAUCUCCAGGCGAAUCUUCCUAGUGAAAAUAGCACUAAUAUACCGGCUUUAAGAAUGAUUGCUUCGCGCUUAAGUGAACUUCAAGAGGCUCAUCGCCUUAAUAUUGAAACGGAAAGGAGGUUGGAAUAUUUAAGAGAACAACAGGAGCAGUUACAAAAUGAAAGAACUCGACUGCAACAACAUAGAGAAGUCCUAUUCCAGCAAAGGAUCACUUUACGCCAACUACAUUAUAAUUUAGAAGAACUUCAAACUGAAGCCGAUGACACUUAUAACACUUUGCAGAAUUUAGAGGACAAUUCACCUACGCAGAAUACUGAAACUAGUCAAGAACAGGUCGAACCUGUUGUGGAAGCAACUGAAUCGGAAGAGGUUGUCGACGUAGCAACGACCGGCUCGACAAUUACGGAAAUAGAAAGAAUAAAGAAUAGAAUAGACGGUUUAGUUGGUCGACUACGAAAUUUAAAUGUUAACGUGAACGACGAAGAGGAAGUAGGCCAAGACUCUACUUUGUCUAUCUCUCACACUGAGUCAAUAUCGCCAGCCUCUACGGUAGGGACAGAUGCGAUAGUGAAUGAGGAUAGAGGAGCAACUGCAGCAUCUCAAACUAGAGCUAAAGACGUUUGCGAAAGGGCUAAAGAGUUAAGGGAGAAAAUGAAUACAAUGGCGUCAAUAAGAGAGAGAGAUAUCGAAGAGACGAGGGCAAGUAUUGAAAAUAUCAGACAGAGAAUAGACGAAGAUGAAAAUAGAAUAAAAUUCUUAUCGGAACGAUUUCCGCUCUUGGAAGACGGAAGCGAAGUCCACCAAGAAGCAACUUUAAGAAGAACCAGAAUAGAGAAUAAUAUAGAGUUAUUGAAGACAAAACAAGAAUUAAUUACCAAGCUACAAAGCGAAAGAGAGACACUUUUAGCCGAUAGUGAAGAAAUUGAAAGAUCUACGAGUCAGCUAGAAGGUUUAAAUCAAAUAUUAUUUGAUCAGGAAUUCCUAAGUGAAGCCUUAGAUGGUAUGAAAAAUCCAGAUGAGACUGACGAUGGUUAA